UCUACCACUAGUCCACCGACUUCAUUAUUCGGGUGUCGCUCCAUCAGGAACAAAGUGUGCGUGUGUGUUGCGUGCGUGUGUACCUACGUUCGCUACGGUUUUUUUUCCUUCCUUUUGCGUGUACAGUAAUUAGGUGAAAUCAAGUUGUAUUUUCCGUUCCCCGCUGUUACCAUGGCUUACAAUCUAGUGAACGUCGCCAAAUCUACCUCCUCCCUGACGGGAACGCUCGCCAAAACCGCCCUUCGUAGCAUCAGCACCAGCAACACUGUGUACGAGCCGCGCCGUUUGCCGGACAAGACGGGCAAGAAUGUAGUGCUGGUCGAUGGUGUCCGUACGCCCUUCCUAACGUCCGGCUCGGACUACUCGAAGCUGAUGCCGCACGAGCUAGCCCGCCAUUCGCUGCUGAGCCUGCUGCGCAAAACGAAGGUAGACAAGGAGGUGAUCGACUACAUCGUGUACGGCACGGUCAUUCAGGAGGUGAAAACGUCCAACAUUGCCCGCGAAGCGGCCCUCAGCGCCGGGUUUAGCAACAAAACGCCGGCCCACACCGUGACGAUGGCCUGCAUCAGCUCGAACCAGGCCAUCACGACCGGCAUGGGGCUGAUCGCGACCGGCACGUACGACGCGAUCGUGGCCGGCGGUGUCGAGUUCAUGUCGGACGUCCCGAUCCGCCACAGCCGCAAGAUGCGGUCGCUGAUGCUGCGCGCCAACAAGGCGAAAACGUUGGGCCAGCGGCUCCAGCUGCUGUCCACGAUUCGGCCGGACUUUUUCGCCCCCGAGCUGCCGGCGGUGGCCGAAUUCUCGUCCGGCGAAACGAUGGGCCACUCGGCGGAUCGGCUCGCGGCGGCUUUCAAUGCGUCGCGCCAGGAGCAGGACGAUUAUGCGCUCCGGUCGCACACGCUCGCGAAGGAAGCGCAGGACAAGGGCUACUUCACCGAUCUGGUCCCGUUCAAGGUGUCCGGGGUGGACAAAACGAUCGAGAAGGACAACGGGAUCCGCGUGUCGACGAAGGAAUCGCUCGCGAAGCUGAAGCCGGCGUUCGUGAAACCGUACGGCACGGUAACGGCUGCCAAUGCGUCCUUCCUGACCGACGGUGCGUCCGCCUGUCUGGUGAUGACGGAGGAGAAGGCCAAGGCGCUCGGUUUGCGCCCGAAGGCGUACCUGCGCGACUUCCUGUACGUGUCGCAGGACCCGAUCGAUCAGCUGCUGCUCGGACCGGCGUACGGCAUCCCGAAGCUGCUGAAGAAGGCGGGUCUCACACUGAAGGACAUCGAUACAUGGGAAAUUCAUGAAGCAUUUGCUGGACAAAUCAUUGCCAACCUGAAAGCGCUCGAUUCCGACUACUUCUGCAAGAACUAUCUGGGACUGAACGAAAAGUUCGGUGCGCCUGAUAUGUCCAAGUGGAACAACUGGGGCGGAUCGCUCUCCAUCGGACAUCCGUUCGCCGCCACCGGCGUUCGUUUGUGCAUGCAUACGGCAAACCGUCUGGUACGCGAAAACGGACAGCUCGGUAUGAUUGCUGCCUGUGCCGCCGGCGGACAGGGUGUAGCUAUGCUGCUCGAACGACACCCCGAUGCCAACGCGGAGUAAACCGAGGGUAGAUAGCGACAGAGAACAUUUAUCGAACACACGAUCCCAUCCUCCCACCAACAAAGUGUCCCCCUACUCCCCCCAACGUGGAUUAGUUAACACAGGAGAGAUAUUCUACUUCGACGCUCAUAUCAAUGAGCGAUAACACUGAUCCCCGUUAUAUUAUUAUUAUUUGUUUUGUUUGUUUUGUAUCCUCUGAUUUACUUUUUAUUUCCCUACAUUAAGACGAUCCUAAAUCUUAAGAAAUUAAACGCUAGAGAAGGAAAACAUAAUGCUUUCUUUCGUUACGCACUAAGAGAUGUAGAAGUUAUGUUUCCCUUGAAAUGCUCGAAAAUGAGUUAACAACGUGAAUCGCGAUGGUGCCGCAAUCCUUUUUCUCUUUCUCGGGCAACCCCAGUUGCCCGACUGGAGAAAGAGGGUUGUACCAAUUCAUCAAAGCUUUCCUUUUCCGUUAGUGUACGAUUUAGUUCUGGUACAAACCGGUCCAAGCGGUUGCACCAUGGUUAGGGGGUAAACGAUCAUAUUCGCCUAAUUUCUCUUCCAUGUUUGAAUUGUGCAAGUGGUGUUUCUUGUAAGCUUUAAUAUAUAGAACAAUCAUCAUUUACUAUGUAUAGCGAAGGUCCAAAUACACGAAUUUUUGAUACACGAUAA